AUGCCCCGCCCGGAGCCCGCGCUAGGGUUCCCCGCCGCCGCCGCCGGCCCCGUCCGCUCGUCCAAACCGCCGCCCGAGCGCCGCCGCAAGAAGCAGCCGCCGACGAGGCGGAGGCGACCGCCCGGUGCCGCACCGGUGGGACCGGGACCACGCGGCGCGGCCGAUCCAGAUCCGGCGCACUCCUCCGCGCUGCUGCCCUUUCCCAGCGGCGGCAGCGGCUUCGCCUCGCGGGGCACGGUUGCGCCAGACGAGGACGAGGGGGGAAACGCCGCGAGCUCGGCUGAAUCGGAGGAAGUGGCAGAAGCAACAAAUGAUUCGUUCUCCUACUCAUUAAGAGAGUGCCAGAAGCAGCGGCGGCUUAAGUCAGAGAGGUCUGCACUGGUGCGGCCGCCGGCCUCGCAUGAGCUCAACAGUGCCGGAGGUAUUGAGCUGCUAGUGCUCUCACCGAGGUGCUUGAUUGGGGGUAACCAGGGAGGAAUGAGCAAGAGCUCAACGACAUCAUCCCGGAGCAGAUCAGGCACAGGCACAGGCACGUUCCCAAGCCCUGGGACUCCGAACUACAACCGCCAUUGUGCAGGCAGCAUGCAGUACUCCAAGGGCUGGAGUUCAGAGCGCGUGCCACUGGGCACUGGUAGCAAUAGAAGGUAUGGGGGCAGUGGGGUUGUGCUUCCAUUUAACAAUGGGAGGAAGCUGCCAUCGAAAUGGGAGGAUGCAGAGAAGUGGAUCCUAAGUCCGGUUUCCUGUGAUGGAAUGGGAAGGAUGUCUGCACCCGCUCCGCAUCAUAGACGGCCCAAGUCGAAGAGCGGGCCACUUGGCCACCCAGCUGGCAUUCCGGGGGCUUAUGCGUCUGUUUCACCGCUUGUUCCUUGCUUUGAUGGUGUGCUGGCAGCAGCUAAUUUCGCAGCGCAUUCACCUUUCUCUGCUGGGGUUCUCAUACCAGAGCACGGGCGCAUUGGCGACUUCAGCAGCGGAAGAGGCAGAUGUGGUGAUGACGGUAGCAGCAGAUCCUACUCUGCCGAGAAGGAGCCAUAUAUAUUAAGUUCUGCAAGCAUACAUGCGUGGACAGAAACACUUAUGGAGGCAUCUGCUUUUGCUAAUAUCUCGGAAGAAACCGUACAAGAUGAUAAACUUCAAGGCCAGGUAGAAGCAACUUCCAUGAUUUCCAGUCCAAUCAUAAAGAGAGAUGUCGGCACACAGAUGAAUCCUGAGGAUAGUAUAUCAUCUUCUCCAAAAGCGAGGCAUUCCUGCUCCAGUCUGCCUUCAGGACAUCUGAUAAAAGAAGCAAAUAGUCAUAUACAUAAACCUGAAAUUAGGGACGUGCAGGUUGAUGACCAAGUAACUGUGACUCGGUGGUCCAAGCGACAUGUUACACGAGGCUCUGAUAAGAGGUCAACAAAUAUCGUUGAAUGGAGGAAGAAGACUGUUGAAACCCGAGCUCCAUCUUUUGAUGAAAAAGAAAGAGAAAGGUGCAUGUCAAAGUGCAAAAGGGAGGAAGCAAAGAUCACUGCUUGGGAAAAUCUACAGAAAGCCAAAGCAGAGGCAGCUAUUCGGAAGCUGGAGAUGAAACUUGAAAAGAAAAGAUCAUCGUCAAUGGACAAAAUUUUAGUCAAACUCCGCUCUGCUCAGAAGAAAGCACAAGACAUGCGAAGUGUAGUUUCUUCUAGUGAAGAUCAGUGUGGUGCGGGGACAACCAAGAAGAAAUCUUCUUUUGUCAAAACUGGCAAGCCUUUCAGCUGCUGCUUUACCUACCGUGCUUGCUAG